AUGAAGAUUUCUGCUCUCUUGACCGGCGCUUUUGCCGCUCUCGCCGUCGCCGUGCCCGCCCCAGCCCCGGCACCGGUGCCCAACUCGAGCAGCUCAGGGGCGCUUGAGGGGCGCGGAGCCUUUAACGCCAAGCCAUUCAACAACCUCGUCUUCAACCAGAGGGACCUCAAUUACCUGCUCAAGGUCAACUCGCUGAACCUCCAGACCUUUCAGGGCCUAGCCAUCAACAACGGCCUCAACGUGGGCGCGUUCCAGACCUUGUUUGCGGGCAAUGUCUUUGACGUCAGAGCGCUGCUGCAGUUUCAGCAGCUACAGACGCUCCUGGCCGUGGCCAACGUGGGCGUCUUCAACGGCGUAGACUUGUCCAGGGCCGCGUUCAACGUCAUUGAGCUGGGCGCACUUGGAGGCGUGGGCGGCGUGGCGGCGUGGCGCUGA